AUGGCGAAGCGCGGCGCGCGGCGGCGGAGCGCGGGGAGCGGACCCGGCGCCGGCGGCCCCCGGGGCCCCGCGCGGCCGCGGCCGGGGCCGCUGCUGCUGGCGGCGCUGGCGCUGCUGGGCGCGGCGCGGGCGCGGGCGCCGGCGGGCGGCGGCUUCAGCCUGCACCCGCCCUACUUCAACCUGGCGGAGGGCGCCCGCAUCGCCGCCUCGGCGACCUGCGGGGAGGAGGCCCGCGCGCGCGGCGCCCCGCGCCCCACCGAGGACCUCUACUGCAAGCUGGUGGGGGGCCCCGUGGCCGGCGGGGACCCCAACCAGACCAUCCAGGGCCAGUACUGUGACAUCUGCACUGCUGCCCACAGUAACAAGGCACACCCCGUGAGCAACGCGGUGGACGGCACCGAGCGCUGGUGGCAGAGCCCUCCGCUCUCCCGGGGCCUGGAGUACAACGAGGUCAACGUCACGCUGGACCUGGGCCAGGUCUUCCACGUCGCCUAUGUGCUCGUCAAGUUUGCCAACUCCCCUCGGCCAGACCUGUGGGUGCUGGAGCGCUCCACGGACUUCGGCCACACCUACCAGCCCUGGCAGUUCUUCGCCUCCUCCAAGAGGGACUGUGUGGAGCGGUUUGGGGCCCGGACCCUGGAGCGGAUCACGCGGGAUGACGACGCCAUCUGUACCACCGAGUACUCCCGCAUAGUGCCGCUGGAGAACGGCGAGAUUGUGGUGUCCCUGGUGAACGGACGCCCCGGGGCCAUGAACUUCUCCUACUCCCCCCUGCUGCGAGACUUCACCAAAGCCACCAACAUCCGGCUGCGCUUCCUGCGCACCAACACCCUGCUGGGCCACCUCAUGGGCAAGGCGCUGCAGGACCCCACCGUCACCCGCCGGUACUAUUACAGCAUCAAGGACAUCAGCGUCGGCGGGCGCUGCGUCUGCCACGGCCACGCGGACGUCUGCGAUGCUAAGGACCCCUCGGACCCUUUCAGGCUGCAGUGUGCCUGCCAGCACAACACGUGCGGGGGCUCCUGCGAC